GUAGAAACGCGCGGGAAACCGUUUGGACAGAAUUUUCUCAGAAUUCGCGUACAGCACUGCACGCUGAGUUUUUCCUAUCUUCAUUUUACUUUUGUUUUCAUAUUACAACCAUUUCCACCGCUCGGUACCGUUCGGUGACUUGCUGCCACAUCCCUCGCUGUCUAUAGUACCCUGAGUAGUAAGCCGCAGGCCAUUACCCUCAACCAUCACCGGCAUUUAAUAUUGAUAUAGGCUAUAGCUUCUUUUCCAUAGUGAGGGAGUUAUCGCAAGCAGCUGUACUGGGUUCAUUAGGCUGCAACCCGGUUAAGGAUGGCUCCGACUGCGUACAUGUUAUUUUGCAAUGAGCAUCGUGAAGCAGCAAGACAAAAGCUAGCGGCAGAAGGACACGAGAAAAUCCCUGUCACCCUAGUUGCGAAGGAGCUUGGUCAGCUUUGGAAGGCGCUUAGCGACGAAGAAAAGGCGAAGUACAAGGCUCAAGCCGAGGAGCAGCAGCAACAACAGCAGCAGCAGGCUGGCGAUGGUGAUGAGCAGCAGGGCCAGGAGACUGGCGAGGGGCAGCAGAAGCCAGACGUCCUCAACGACCUCAAGGCAAACACCAUUCCUGGCGCAUGGGUGCGUCGGCUAGUGGGCGUGGACCCAGACAUCCAGCGCUGCUCUGCGGACGCCGUGCUGGCGCUGUCCCUCGCAGCUGAUGUCUUCCUAGCAGCCAUGUGCAGCAAGGCUACAGCAGCCGCGGCGGGUGCCAAACGGCGAACAGUCCGCCUGGACGACGUAGAGCGCUGCGUGCGGGGCGACAAGCGGCUGGUCUCGGUGGGCAUGACGGCGGUGAUGAACAUGGUGGCUGCAGCGGCAACAGGCGGCGAGGAGGGCAAGGGAGCAGCAGGGCCGCCGGGCAAGAAGCCCAAACUGGACAAGCCGGUCGCCGUCAACAACAGCAUCCAGCGCGCCUUUGGUCUCGCAUAGGUGGGCCUUCCAGGCCGUUGCGUGGGCAACCCCAGGGAGGUUCGUAGUGCACGGUGUCCGGGUUGUGCAGCGGAAGGAACUUCCCGGCACGCACAGAUAGAUGUUGGCUGGUUACUAGGGCUUUCGGGUGUGCCAAAAGCGGGGCGAAGCAGGUCUAAAGAGUUCAGGAGCAGCGAUGGAGGGUCGAAAGAUAUGCACGACAACUUGUUAGGGUGCUCAAGGCAUGCCAUACCUGAUGUGCUGUCACGGUGGUUGCAACUGUCAUGUCGUUUUGGCGCUGCCAUGUAGUAUAGUGUUGCGCAGGAUGCAUGACCCGCAUGCAUGACAACACCGGCGCCCACAGUGACUCAAUUUGUAUACAUGCCAUGUGUGCUGCCUUUCAUAAAGGGUUUUGCAGCUAUGAUACAUUCUAUACGUGCAGACAGGCUGCACUUCGCGUGCACGUACACAGAACACGGAAAUGUAUCAUGUACUACAGCUUUACAUAACUGCUGCACAGAUCCCGCAAUCGGCGUGGAUUGUGCAUUUCGAUGUUAGACCCCAUACCGGGCCGUAGCAGCCAUCACACUUGGCAACAGCACCAUUACUAAAGAAUGGCGCAAAAAUUCGUCAUGAUCAUUUGUCGUACUGCCGUACAUCUCAUGCAAUACCUUUUGUGAACUUCUUUGGAGACAAAGAGACAUACAAUACAGUUGUAACAGACCCUAUGCAAUAAGCUAUAACCAGCAGUAACCGAAGGCAUGGCGACGAACGAAAACACAGCUGCCGCACUCGUCUCUCUAACUCACCAGCACCAGCGUGCUCUCAACACCGUGCUUUCCACAUUGGAGGCCUCUGUGGCCCCACUCGAGAACUCGACGUCCCGGCUCAUUGCUGCUAGCGACGCACUCCAAGCCCGGCCGAUGCACACCUCCCAGCUAGCUGACCAAGUACGGCAGCUCAGGGAUGCUUGUG